GUGAGGGCGCCAGGGGGCGCCGGGCGUAGGAACCGCCGAGAGGCCGCACGCCGGGCUGGGGGCCCGUUUUGGAACGGACCGGAAGUGCCUGAACGCCGCUGCGGAGUAGUCCGUUUGAGUCCCCUUUGUCGGGUCUGCAGAGGGUGGGUGGGCGCCCGCGGCGUGCAGGCUCCACGGACAGCUGAGCGAGCUGCCGGACGGGGACCGCCCUUCGGGGCCUGGGACCCACCGUGGUCGCGCUGCGCGGGUCACGGCCUUCUGCGCGUUACUUCCCUGUGCUCCUGGGGCCACCGUCACCCACAGACCAUGUUCCUGGUGCGACUGACUUCUCAGCUGCUCAGGGUUGUUCCCCGGGCAGGCUUCAGUCGGCCCUGGCCUGUCUCAGGACUACUGGGCAGCCAUGCUUGCAGGCCCCGCUAUAGCACGCAGACAACAGGCCCAGAUGGGGUUGCCAUCCUCCCUGGCAAGGGGCUUCAGCUGGAGCUUGAGGAGAUGCUGGUCCCCAGGAAGAUGUCCAUCAGCCCCCUGGAGAGCUGGCUGACUGCCCGCUACCUCCUGCCCAGACUGGAUGCUGGAGUCCCAGGGACCGUGGCUCCAGCCCAGUUCUACGAGUGUCCGCCUAGCCAGGUGGGGAAAGAGACUGAGCAGCGGGGCGAGGGGGUGCAGGAUGCACCCCGGAUGCAGUGCAAAAAUGUACUGAAGAUCCGCCGGCGGAAGAUGAACCAUCACAAGUACCGCAAGCUGGUCAAGAGGACCCGGUUCCUCCGGCGGAAGGUCCGGGAAGGGCGCCUGAAAAGGAAGCAGAUCAAGUUCGAGAGAGACCUGAGGCGCAUCUGGUUGAAGGCGGGCCUGAAGGAGGCCCCUACGGGCUGGCAGACCCCCAAGAUCUACCUGAAGGCCAAAUGAGCAGAGUGCCCCCGCCCUGUGCUGCUGAGCCACUGUAAUAAAUGGCCCUGCCAGCCUGGACCCUCUGCUUGGUGUGAGCCACCUUAGUAUCGAGGCCACUGCCAGCCUCUGGUGAGAGAGAAGCCACAGAGGCCCCAGAGUGGCAGAUUGGCAGUCCCUUCCCCAGCUGGCUCCGUUAGUGAAUGUAUGCUGUGGGUAUAGCCGUGAGCAGAGGCCCAGCCCUGCCCUCAGGGCACUUAGAUUCGGGGGGCGGGUAGAGAGGGCAGCCUCAUAACGAGCAUGCCGAUGGCAGAAGUGCCAUGGGACAACAUAAGAGGGUCAGGGAGUUUCCAGGCUGAGGUGGGGAGUAUGAGUAGGUCACGAGGUCUUGAGUGGGGGGUCAGUGAGGGCCUCACUGGGGACACAGGGUGAGGGGCAGGAAAGGACCGUGUUCCCCCAAAGAUGGUGGUCAGUGUCCUGCAGGCUCUAAGGACCUGGGUCCUGAGUGACUCUGACCCAUCUUACUCAUCUGGGCCUCGGGACCCCUGGCCUGCCGUGGGCCCCUUGGCCUCUGCCGCUUCCUGGGGACUAAGUAGGGGUGGCCUGGAAGGUGUGCUCCAGCAGGUCAGAGUUAGAGCUGCUGGAGGAAGGAGUGCCGUUUAAGGAGUGGGAGCCAGCAGCCCCCAGCUGUUCCAGGGUCCCUCUAGGUGAAGAGGAAGGCGUCAUGUCUCUCAGUGGGUGUGGAGGGGCCGGGCUUGGGGGGCAAGGUGGGGCCUUGACCCGGUGAGGCUCUGUGACAGCUCCUGCCUGGUUGCCGGCCUUAGAGGACCCUGUGUCCUUCCUGAGCAGCUGGUGGAGGCACUCGUGUUACUGGUGCCCCCUCAUCCCCACCCCAGUGAGGGCCACGCCACUUCCCACAGGGUCGCAGAAGUGUGUGUGGGGCGUGUGUUUGAGUUCCCUGGAGCAAGGCAGUUCUUGGGGUGGGGUGGGGCGGGGCGGGCUUGAGCGCGGAUUUCCCAGCAGGUUCUCUGGAAUGGAGUAAAACACGUGUUUUGAGAACUCCUGUUGCUUCAGGGAGCCAUGAGGGCCCCUGCCCUGCGUUUGCCAGCCAGGGACAUGGGCUCACGGGGCGCCUGUAUGCGGUAGACUUUGAGGAGGAUGAAGGAGACCUGAUGCCAUUGAGGGUGCAGGUCUGCUGCCACUGGCGGCCCCUAGGGGGCAGUGGUUAGGCCUCUGGCCGCCCUGGGGUCUGGCCUGAGGACCAGGACAGCGGAAAGCGGGAGCACCCUGCCAGCCUGGUCGCCUGAGUGAGCCCAGGGCGCCCCUAGGAGGCCUCAGCCUGGGGUCACAGACAUCCUCCCGGGUCUUGGUUUCCCCAGCUGUGGUGGGCCAGGUCCUAGGGCUGGGGCCUCAGUGACGGAGCCUCCUUGGUGGAGCGGGCUGUGCCCUCUUGGUGCCAAGUCUGCCCUCAGUGCAGCGGGGCCUCCCCACAGGGGCCGUGCCUGCUGGCUGCGCCCUUGGCCGGCGCCCAUGGCUGCCGAGCAGCUGUACUCAGCGUUCCCUUCCAGCCCCAUCGCUGCCCUGUGGCUCACCCCACCCUUUGCCGCUGGCAGGAGGAGAAAGGGGGGGCUAGGUUGUCAGCUGACUUGGGGGCCGAGCCGUGAGUUCCAGGGGUGCAGCUGGCCAGCCUGCAGGGAGCCGCAGACCCAGACACCUGCAGGCUGGCAGCUGGUAGAGUGCCACAAGGCCUACCUGCUCCGGGCCAGUUGGUUCCGAUCUGGGCACCUGGCCACAUUUGGAGACUGAACGGCUGACAGCAGUGGGCGGGGCCGGGGAUGCUGCUAAAUGGCCUGCUGUGCGUAGGGCAGCCCUGCCCCCCGUCUCCCUCACCCCACCCCGAGCCCAGAGGAAUCCACCCCAAACAUCUGGUACCCGGGCCAGACGCUGUCCAGGUGGCAGUGGCCCCGCCAGGUCAGCGCCCGAGCCAGCCCAGCCCCUCCUUCCCUACAUGGCGUGGACCUGGCAGCCUUUCUCCCUGCUCCUGCCCGCUGCCCUGUGUGCAGAGCUCAUCCAGCCUGUGGCUUGGAUGCCUUUGGGCCCCAACCACGACCUCAGGAGGCAAUUCGCGGGUUUUAUUUUUAUCUCUGCAGCCCCUCCCAGGGCGGGAGAACCUGCCCUUCGCCUCCUCCCUGUGGAGCCUCCACCUUGACCCCCAGGCUGGGGGAUGGGCAGUCCUUUCUCCUUGUCUCCCCUGUUCUUGCCCUGGUCACCCCCCAGCAAGAGUGCAGAGGUGGGGGGGGCAGCGCGGGGCCUGUGAUCUGUUCGCCCUAGCCCCCUAGCAGUGCCUAGGGCUUGGGUUCUGGCCGGGGCCAGAGCUGGUGGGCAUGGUCUGGGGCACCUGUUUCUUGGGUCUAGUGCGGGGGCAUUUCAGUGAGCUCAGCCUCACGCCCCACACCUGGUCUGCUCCAUGCCUGGGACACCAACACUGGCCUGGGUGUUCUUGCCCACAAGAGGGGCCGCGGUAGGAGACUGCUGCGGCUGGACUUGGUCCUGGUGAGGGCUGGCUGGGCCUUACCCGCCUCAGGUGCCCAGGGCAGACAGCAUGCACCUGCGAGCCCGCCCUGCCAGCAGCUGAGCCCCUUCCCACUGGGUUCCGGCUGGCGAGAGAGACUGUCGCCGUGGAGCAGAGGCUGGAGAAAGAAACCCAUUCCCUUGGCCCAGCCCUGGGCCUCCCAGCUUGCCCGGAAGGACGCUGGGACCUGGGCGCAGAGGCCAGAGGGAACGUUCCUCCAGGGCCUCUAGUUACGUUCAGAUUUCAGAAAAACAAGUAAUUUUUCAGUACAAAUAUUUUCCCUGCAGUAUUUAAUCUGGCAGCGCUAACGCCAGGUCCGUGGCAGGAAGCGUACAGAGCGAAGAGAGGGGUCUGGCCGCUGUCCACGAGGCAGGAGCCAACUUGAGAGGCUUUCGCUGGCCGAAGGUGGUACAGCGUGAGCGUCAAAAGGGUAGUGACCACACGGAGUUGAAACAGCUCACUGAGACUCUAGCUGCUGAGGGUCUGGUGGGAUCUGAUGCAGGACGGGGCAGAUUUCCCCGGACCAGGAGGAGACCAGGCGCCGCGCGCAGAGGAGAGAGUCCUCGGUGGAGAGCGGGGCAGGAACUCAGCACGCGGAGUCGGCGUCGAGGACAGUUUGUGAGGAAAGGGGCGGCACUGCGAGUGUCAGAGGAGCUCAGUUCGCAUCUCACCCUUUAGUUCCCAUUUCCUUUGACUGGACGGACGGUGAGGAAGGUGAAGGGAAGAGACUGUAGCUGGCAGCUUCCGCCCUUGAUCCCAGGUCCCCCAUGGUUUUAGUCAGAGAGAGCGAACGACUUUAUUCUGUGUGAGGCGCCACGUAGAGACUGUUGGGGCCUGUUUCCCCUGACAGGUGUGCGGAACGGGCUGUCAGCGACCCCCGCAGGAAUCUCCCUUUGUUCCCAGGCGCCCUGGCCGGGCUGCAGGGAGACAGGCAGCAGCCUCUGACUGUGGCUCGAUUAACAUGUUAAUUCUCUUGCCUUCUCCCUACAUUACUUUCGUGGGUCAAGUAAGUUAUUUUCCAAAAACAUCACUGUAAAUACAUGUUAAACUAUGUUAGAUUAAAUAGCUAUAUUUUUUAUAAAGGACUCGCUCUUGUAAACUCAAA